GGGGCCGAACGGCGGGCGCUCCAGUUCCGGGUCAGGCCUUCUCCCACCGGUCGGGGGCUUCUCCUCUCCAUGGCUAGCGGUAGCGGCGCGGGCGCGGCGGCCUCGGCCAACCUGAACGCGGUGAGGGAGACCAUGGACGUACUGCUUGAGAUUUCAAGAAUUUUGAAUACCGGUUUAGAUAUGGAAACGCUGUCUAUUUGUGUACGGCUUUGUGAACAAGGAAUCAACCCAGAAGCCUUAUCAUCUGUUAUUAAGGAGCUGCGCAAGGGUACAGAAGCACUCAAGGCUGCUGAAAACACAAGCUGACAUCCAGAGAAUUCCUGAUGAGAUGUCAAGCUUGGCAAGAACAUUCGAAGAUUCCAUUGUAGUCAAGAUACAAAAUGACAAUGAUGCAUGCUGCCUAGAAAAUGUUUUCUUUUCAAAAGAAUUAUAAAACCACAGCUGAGCGGGAAGUGGCUUGAGAAAGAACUAGCACGUGUGUUGACACCAUGUCUUAAUGUUGUUAACGGCCCCAGCUCCAUGGUGCUGCCGGGCUCUUAUUUAUGUAGUCCUUAUUCAUAGCUCCGCUAGCUGGGAUUUUCUAAACAGCAUCUAUUGGAUACGCACAGCUGCUGUGCCUGGGUGAAGUCAGCGGAUCGCAUCAGAGGUGACAUGCAGUAGUUACGACUUGUUGACAUUUCCUUAUAAACCUUACUUUUGGAUUGUUUAAGCAUAAAAACUGGCUGGAUGUUCCAUUGAGCUGCAGGUCGAUGGGAUUUGAGCUGCCUGCCAUUUGUGGAGUUUGCUUUUCUAUGUUUCAUAUCUUGUUUUUAAAAAUAGGAUCAGAAACACGGCCUCUAAUCGUCUCCUUACCAGAAUAUCUAGUUCUUUGCGCAGGGUUUUGGCAGUUAAAGCUGUAAAGAAGAUCAUUUGAAUGUUGCCUAAAACUUAGAACUUUUUGAAACUUGGAAUUUUAAAAUGCCAGGGCGUGAACCAUCUAAUGAGAGCAGCUGAAAAUGCUUUUCUUUGUAAAUUUUAUACCCAAAUAAAGUCUACAAAAUAAUGUAUAAAGUGAAAACAGCAAACAUGCAAAAUUCCUUUUUAAUUUUAUUGCAUAAAAACAAUAUAACUCACUAGUGAAUCUUGAGUGGCUGUUAAGUCACUACAUAGGUGGUGUAUUUCAACAGAUUAAUUCAGAUUUUCUGAAGAAGUAGGAUUUCCAAUUGCUCAACAAAAACUAAUGAAAUAUAUACCAGUGAUUUUAAGUAUUAUUUGCAGAAAAAUUUUCUGUCAUUUUUAUCAUUAAAACUUUAACUCAUCAAAAUGAUGGUCAAAGAUAAAUUCAAAACUGUUACAAUAGUAUUGGUUCUGUUCUGUUACAAAAUCUCACUGGAAUAUUUUCACAAGCUUAAUAUGUAUUCUGAAUUUUUUGAUUCUUAAAUGUUAAGUUUGAUUCCAUGCCAAACCUUUUUUUAUUUCAGACAAGCAAAGGUGGUUUUCACACCGUUUAGUAAUUAAGUAGCUAUUUCCUCUGUGCCCUUAAACUAACCUGAGCUACAGGAGCCCUGCCCUCAGAAGGCUGAGGCAGGGGAGUUGCAGCUCCCAGGCCGGCUUGAGCUACUCAGUCAGCACAGGGAGACCUGAGCUCGACCAAGUCUUGCCUUGUCACUGUUUUGGUUUUUAAGUAUGACAUCUUUCCUAAGUAAACUGACAGGCAUCUCUUCCAAGUUGGGAGACAGUAAGAACUUGUAAGAAUCAUUUGAUUAGUGAUAUGCAGAUAUUGUGUAUUAUUUUUUAAAUCAAAAAGUACUUUCUCAUAUUUCACAAUUUGUAUGUAUGUACUUCUAGACCACAGAGUUGGUAAUUUUAUUUAUGACUUUGUAGAUUAAGUUAUGUGUGAAACAAAGUAGGAAAUAUAUUGAGGAAGGAUUAUGUUUAUAGAGAACUUCCUUAUUGUGUCACAUUUUUAAAUGUAAACAUAUUUUAAUGAGUACGUAAGUAAUAUUUAAUAAACCAGAGAUACAUGUUUGUUGACAGUGACAAAAAUAAAAUUAUUUUGUGUUAUUGGCA